CCCUCAGUUCCAUUUUGCCCCCUAAAUCAAUCAACAAUAACACUAUCACCCCUAGCAUUGUCGAUGAUCUCUCUCUAUAUCUGUAACCAAAGUCGCAAGAAAGGCACCGCGAGAGCAUUGACCUACGGAGCCUUCUCCACCCGAUGAAUCCCUACGCUCCGCCGGACGGCCGGCCGACCGCCCAACACCACCACCGUCACCACCACCAUCACCACCACCAGCAGCAAUCGAGGUACGCUCAGGUAUCUUCUUCGCCCCGGCCGCCGAACCGCUCAAAUUACUCCGAUAACCCCAAUCUCUACCCUCCCCAAACCGUCCCCCAUUACCACCACCACCACCAGCACCAUCAGCAGAGCCGCAACUUCCCGCCGCAGAUCCACCACCCUUCGGAUUACCAUCCCUCCCCUGCACCACCGAGAGCGCUGACGACCUCACUCCCACGAUACGAGCUUGCUACCCGCGGGUUCAACCCUAUCGAUGAUGAUCGUGAUCGGCGAUCGAUCUAUCACCACCACCAGCACCACCAUCAUGCCCUUGUUGAUAGCGACCGUCGAGUCCUCGGCGGACACGACUCUCCUUUUGUGGAAAAUCGCGCAGAAUUGCUCGAUCGGCGUCUGGUGCAUAGGUCGUAUUCCAAUGCGGAUUACAAUCAUGAUGUACACCGUCGUGCACCUGAGCACAGAGCUGCCUCGCCUUAUGGGCCGGUUGAUAGCUCUAGGCGUGAAGUAGAGCCAAUUUCCAGGGUUAGGUUAAGGGAGAAUUAUGCAGAGGGGUCCGGUUCUGAUCAGCAAGACAGUCUUUUUCAUGGGUCUUCCUAUCGGUUUUCGUCAGUUGCAGGCAGCUAUGAUAGUGAGCCUCACCGGAAUGAGAGAGGAGACGGCACGAGUGGGAGGCAAAGUUGGGUUCAUAAGAGAGACAAUACCAGGAAUUCAAGUGAAUCACUUCCUGAAAUUACAGAUUUUGAUGGAGAGGAUUUUAGGACUGUUGCAUUGAAACAGGAAUAUCAUGCUGCUGAAUUUGGAAGAUAUGGCGGUGCCAGUCGGGGUAGUAGAGAAGUCGUCCGCGAACAUAGUCUCACUCCCAAGAAGCAACUACAGAAGAAGAGUGCGUUCUUGAGGCUUCAGAUGCCAAGGUUUAACCACAGGAUUAGAGACAAUGAACGGCAUUACAGCAAUGGCUAUAACGAUGACAGUGGCUCUGGCCCUGGUUCUUCCAAAAGUAAGGGGCAGGGACAGUUUAUCAGUUCAGAUCAUGGGCCAAGGGACACAAGAGAAGAUGGUUCAGUGGAUCUUGAUGUUUCAUUUAAAUCUAACACGCUGAUUGCCAAGCCCAUUGUUCAACCUACAAGCCCCAGGGUUGUUUACGAAAAGGAUUACAUGCCCUCAAGCAAGAAGCUGAAGUCAGCUAUUGUGUCAGAUAAAGAUAGCACAAGUUCAUUGCUGGACAAACUCAAUGUGUAUGAUGAGAAAUUAAACUCCUCUCUUAGUGUGACUGGUGUCGCCAUUAGCACGACCGAGAAUUCAAAACAAUUGCUUGAGAGAGUUGGUGCAUCUGCUCAACACCAGGAUAAUUUGGGACAUUUGGAAGGGAUAGUUGCUGAAUCUGAUGCUCCAGUUAAGUCAAAUAGCAGCUCAUUACCUGUAUCAAAAGUGACGAAUGUCUCAUCUGUUACUUAUGAAGUUGGAAAGUCUUGUCCAAGUCCUGUUGCAGAUAUAGGCAGUAGUGAUCUUCAAGGUAGGAAGGAUGCAGUGGCUGUGGGACAAGAUUCUAAGGUUGGCGCUACAAGGGAUGUGGUUCUUGAUAGAGCUGAGAAUGUUGGUUCAACUCAGGGUAAAACUGCAGACAAAGGGUUGCCUGGUAAAGCACCUUCAGUCAAGGAUGCAGUUCCUGAGGGACAAAAUUCUAAUGCUGGCCCUAAAAGCAAUGUUGCUUCUGAUAAAGCUGGUAAAAAUGUUCGCUCGCGUCAGGGUAAAACUGUAGGCAGAGGGUUGCCAGGUAAAGCACAUUCAUUCAGGGACGCAGUUCCUGAGGGACAAGAUUCUAGUGCUGGCGCUAAAAGGGAUGUCACUUCUGGUAAAGCCGGUGAAAAUGUUGGCACAAGUCAGGGUAAAACUAUAAAGAAAGGGUUGCCUGGUAAAGCACAUUCAUCCAAGGAUGCAGUUCCGGAGGAACAACAUUCUGGUGCUGGCGCUAAAAGGGAUGUGGUUUCUGAUAAAGCUGGUAAAUCUGGUGGUUCAAGUCUGAGUAAAACUGUAGACAAAGGCUUGCCUGAUAAAGCACCUUCAGUCAAGGAUACAGUUUCUAAGGGACAAGAUUCUGCUGCUGGCGCUAAAAGGGAUGUGGUUUCUGAUAAAGCUGGUAAAACUGGUGGUCCAAGUCUGAGUAAAAAUGCGGACAAAGGCUUGCUUGAUAAAGCACCUUCAGUCAAAGAUACAGUAUCUAAGGGACAAGGUUCUGGUGCUGGCGCUAAAAGGGAUGUGGUUUCUGAUAAUGCUGGUAAAACUGGUGGUUCAAGUCUGAGUAAAACUGCAGUCAAAGAGUUGCCUGAUAAAGCACCUUCAGUCAAAGGUACAGUUCCUAAGGGACGAUAUUCUGGUGCUGGCGCUAAAAGGGUUGUGGUUUCUGAUAAUGCUGGUAAGGCUGGUGGUUCAAGUCUGAGUAAAACAGCAGACAAAGGGUUGCCAGAUAAAGCACCUUCAGUCAGGGUUGCCAAGAAGAAAAAAAUUGUGAAGAAAGUGGUGAAAAAAGUUGUUACUCGUAAGGCAGACCCACCAAACCGGCAGCCUUCUAGGAAGCAUGACGGGCUCAAGAAAGCAGAUAGUCCUUCAAGAUUAGUGUCUUCCAAAGGUUCAGGUUCUUUGCAAGAGGAAAUUGCAAGCCACAGUAUGGCAUUGUCUGAGGAGUGUCUAGCGACCAAUGAUUCAAAUGAACCGGGACUUUUACGACAAAUUGAUGAAAAGAAAGGAUUAUCGUGUUCUUUUUCAUCACCGAGAUUUGGCAGAGAGACAGAUGAGGGUACUGGUGUUUUAUGUGAAAACAAGGAGAGAGAUUGUUCAUCUUCUUCUUUUUGUCCUGUGAAUUGUGAAGAAACGAAAGUAGAUGCACCAAAUGCUAAUAAUGUUGACCUCCAAAUUGUUUCGAGUUCCAUGAAUGUACCAGUUGCAGUGGUUGAUGGUAAGAUUAGCAAGGAUGAAUUCAGUGGACAAUUACAUCAAGAUGUGAAGUUUUUGCUGCUGGACAAUGAGGCAGAGAAAGAUAAUCUUGCAGAAGAUUGUAGUACUACGCGCAUGUCAACCUUAAGUGGGUCUAAUAUUGAGGAUGGUUCUACAGUGGUAGAUGGGUCUUUGUUGAUGAGAAAUGCUGCUUCUGGUCCUGAAGAAGAUUUGAUUGGCUCGCAAGACUUACCUAUUAUUGGUAAGGAGAAAUUUGAUGCUCCAGAUUGCAGCCUUAAUACUUACCAAAUGACUACUGGGCUUUGUGGAGAUUCUCAAAAUGUCAUGGAAACAGGUGCUUGCUGGGUUUCUGGCAGUUUUACAACUAACUCAGAGAAGAAUUUCAUGGGUUUGAGUAAUCUCAUUUGUGAUGAUGCAAGGGGACAGUUGCCCCAAGUGAGUGGCCCAAGAAUGCUUGAUAAUGGCAGCAAAGCAAAUCUAGGAAAUUUUGAUCUGACAGUGGACAAUUCAAAGGACAGUGCACUCAAUGCAGGUAGAAGCCACCGUGGGAUUUUUCAAGUUGAUCCUCUGACUUCAAGAGAAGCCAGUAUCUGCAUAAAACCUGUGAGUAAAACAUAUAGUGGCCCUUCAGAUACUUUAGAUACGGUUUUAAAUUUAUGUACCCAGAAUCCUGAUCCUGCAGUAGCUUCCAGUUUGGGAGAGUUGACUGUUGGUUUACCUGCAAUCACCUUUGGGCACAAUGUUUCACAUGGAACUGGGUCAGCAGAUGCACAUGAUCCUCUUGAUACUAAGGUUUCGCUGGAUAGUGAUAGUGGUCUUGAUGAGGGUAGAACGUCACCCACUCUGAGAAAGAGGAGAAAAGUUUGUUCUGCUUAUUCAGGAUCUUCUGAUGCAAUGGCACCUCAGGACAAUAACAUCGCUUUGGUUGCAGAUACAACUACUACUUUUGUACAAGUGCAGCCAAUUCCAUGUGAUAGUUCAGUCCAACCAAAAGUGGCAGCUGCGGGUGCGGGUCAUAAUGCCAAUACACUUCAGGGGGCUGCUUCAGUAUCAACCUUGGAAGAAAGAGGUGUCAUGUUCAAGGACACUAGUCAAGUAGGACAAUCUGAUGGUAUGGGUUCAGUUAAUAAUGUGCAUGUUCCUGGUGUUCAGUCCAGUUCAUUUCUAGGGCAGUUGGGCAUCGGAAAUGGAGAAUCUGCUGAUCACCUGAUUAUAGAAGGCAGGCCUGAAGAAAAUUCUCUUGCAGUUGAUCUGUUGCAUGAUCAUCAAAACAGGGAUAUUGAUCAAGAAAGAUUUGAGGAGAGAAAAUUGGACUUAGAUCCUUCAGAAAAGCAAGCAGUGAGCGAUUGUGAGAGAACGAAAUCCCUUAUUCCAGAUAUCAGUUUUCAGAGCUCUGAUCAGUUGUUCUGUCCUGCAAAUAUAGAAAACGAUGCCAGUCUCAGUUUGAAGGAUGAAUCACCUUCUGUUUCACUUUAUUUGUCAUUUUCUGGUGAGGUUGAUGUAGCUAGAGAUGGAGUUCAUGCUUCUAACUCCUAUGAUGAAGUGAUGGAGUCUGUGCCUGAUGCACUAUCCGAUAUGGGUUCACCAGAAAGUCUACAUGUCUUGGGUGCACAAAACUCAAGUGGUGGAGCCUUGCUUGACCAAAUUGCUAGCAAGGCAGUUGUGAAGAAUAUUGGUACGGAUCAUGGGGAGAAUCUGGCUGUUGGAGGAGGAUCGAGUGCAUCUGCUGGCUUUGCUAUUACCUCAAUUUCGCAUGAAAAUUUAGUUGGUUAUAGUUCGGAUAAUGCAUUAGAGAAAAGCUGUUCGGCGAGGGAUAAGACAGUAAGCUUUCCAUCAAAUGGUUCAAGAAGUAUGAAUUGCGGUUCAGAUCCAUUGAGCACAGAGCCGUAUGGGAGAUUGAAUCGGCACAGUCAUAUGAUUCGAAGGGCCUUUCCCAGUCAUUCCUCUUUUACUGCCACAACUUCAAAGAUUACUUCCAAUUCCACUGCAAAACCCAAUACGUGGUGCCGAACAAGUAGUUCAUCUGCUGCUUCUCCAGGGCUUAAACCUUCACUUGGCACUUUACCAGCAAAAUUACCUCUUCCAGGAAAGAAUGCAAAGCUUCAAAAUACUUCUUAUAUUCGAAAAGGCAACAGCUUGGUCAGGAAGCCAGUAGCUGCUAUCCCUCAAACCCAGCUUUCCCAUAGCACAGUCCCUGUUCAUAGGUCAAACUCCUCAGAUGUGCAUGACUUGAAGAAGAGCACUGUUUCUGCAAAUACUGAUGAUGUUAAUGGCAUGCCAAACCAUUUGAGGACAGGUGGAAGAAACCAUCUGGCGAGACCACAGACACCUCCGCUAUCUGUCAGUGAUAACUUGCCUAACUGCAAUAUUGUUCCUUCAGCAAGGUUGCCAUCUUCUCAAGCAGCAAAUCCUUCAGUUACUGGUUCGAGUCACCCUGUGUCAGAUCCUAUGGGUUGUACCGAGAACGAUGUGCUGAAAACUCAUGAGGAUGCAGGGAUGACUUCUGAAGCCCAUCAAGAUCAAACUGCUUCAAUGAACAGUUCAGGAAGUCAGAAUGAAAUGGAGGAUGAAAGCUUGGCGACAUCUAAAUUGAAGAGGAUUACGUAUGUGAAGUGCAAAUCAAAUCAGUUGGUAGCGAAAGUGAAUGAUUUUGACCUGCCCAUUUGUAUGGUCGAUAAGAAGCAAGGCCUGCCCUCUGAAGGGUACUACAAGAGGAAGAGAAAUCAGCUGAUUAGGACUUCAUUAGAUAGUGCCAAGCAAUCAUCUUCUGAUAAUGCAGAUACUGAGGGACAGCUGGGUGCAAACAUUGUUACCAGUGCUAGUAGUGGCAGGAGGCGUUCUCUGAAAGGUGCUUCAAAGCUGCAAACACCUCUAAAGUCUGCUUUGGUGUGGACUUUGCGUGGUACGUCGGGCAACUUCAAUGCAUCAAAUCAUCAUAAGUUCUUCCCUCAGUUUUUCCCCUGGAAACGAGCAACAUACUGGCGAUAUUUUAUGCGGAAUUCGGUGUCUAUUGGAGAUAAUAGAUCUUUAUCUGCCAUCAGUAGAAGAUUGAUGCUGUUGAGAAAGAGGGAUACAGUCUAUGUAAGGUCAUCUCAUGGGUUGUCGCUUCGAAAAUCAAAGGUAGUGAGUGUUGGUGGGCGUAGUUUAAAGUGGUCAAAAUCCAUUGAAAGUCAAUCAAAGAAAGCUAGUGAGGAAGCUACACGAGCUGUUGCUGCAGUAGAGAAAAAGAAAAGAGAACAGAAUGGUGCUGCUUCUCUUGCUUCUGUCACAAAGAACAAAAGUCAGUCUCUGCGAGAGCGCAUAUUCCGAGUUGGUAAUGAACGCUACAAAAUGGAUGCCUCAAGGAAGACACUCAUAAGAAUUUCAGAUGAUGAAUCAUCUUUGACAGCUGCUUCUCAGCAAGGAACAAAUGCGAAGAAAUCAUACGUUCCAAGGAGACUAGUCAUCGGCAAUGAUGAGUACGUCAGAAUUGGCAAUGGAAACCAGCUAAUUAGAGAUCCAAAGAAAAGGACUCGGGUUUUGGCAAAUGAGAAAGUUAAGUGGAGUUUGCAUACUGCGAGAUUAAAGUUGGCUAAAAAGCGGACAUACUGUCAGUUCUUUACCAGAUUUGGAAAGUGCAAUAAGGGUGAUGGGAGGUGCCCUUACAUUCAUGAUCCCUCCAAAAUUGCCGUCUGUACGAAAUUUUUAACUGGUUCAUGUUCCAAUAAUGACUGCAAGUUAACCCAUGAGGUUAUACCAGAGAGAAUGCCCGACUGUUCUUACUUUUUGCAAGGUUUAUGCACCAAUAAGAAUUGUCCAUAUAGACAUGUAAAUGUCAAUCCAAAUUCGUCCACUUGUGAAGGGUUCCUAAGAGGCUAUUGUGCAGAUGGCAAUGAGUGUCGGAAGAAGCACAGCUAUGUCUGCCCAAUCUUUGAAUCAACUGGGAACUGUCCUCUGGGAUCCAAAUGCAAGCUUCAUCACCCGAAAUCUCGCACCAAGGGAAAGAAGAGGAAGCGAUCAAAGGAGAAGAAGAAUGCUAUGGGCCGAUACUUUGGUGGUUCAAAGUAUGUCAGAGCAUCUGAUCCUGGAACAUCAGUCACAGAGAAGCCCUCGGCUGAUGAAAGCAAUUCCAAUAAUGGGGAUGACAAUCCAUUUGAAGAAAAACUUGCCGAUUAUGUCAGCCUUGAUGUUAGUGAUGAAGAAGAAGGUGCUGAGGAUAUUGGUCGUGUGAUGGGCGUUGAGGCCAAUGAUGACUUUGACAUGGAAUUGGAUGAUCUUGAUGAGCUAAUUAAACCCAUCGGUAUUAUGAACGUAAUGGCAUAGUUAGUACUUCCGGCUAGAGUCUGCGAGGCAACAUUUUUGAAGAAUGGCAGUGCUGCUGCUUUCUUGGGAAAUUUCGUGGUCGUAGCUGUGAAUAGUCUGAGGAAGUUUGAGGAGCUUUCUUGAGCAGGACCUGUUUUGUGACAUCAUCAGAUGCACGGGACACAUCUCUUGGCAGGUGCCAGCUUCGACUCAAGUGGGAGUUGGAACAUCGAGAAUGUUUCCUGUGAUUUUCGCUGCAGGUUCCCUGAAGACGGGACAUCGGCAUUCAUCUUGCAGAUGCAGAAGUUGUAACUAUUUUAAUAGCUUUUUUUUUUUUGUUUCAGAUGGCAGGAAUUGAAUUUGUGUUGGUACUGCUUCUUCUGUAUGCAUACAUUUUGUACAUACACAGAUCAUAUGGUUUCAAUAUAGUCACAGAUAGAAAUUAAUGUCUCGCUA